UAUAAUCUAAAUUUGUAUAAAAACAAAUGAGGUGACACACGUCACCUUAUGCUUCACUUUAAACACAAAUUUUGUAUCAAAGUUCUUUUAUUAUUGAGUAUUAAAGGUUACUAUAGAAAGUGUCUAUAUUCAUUUAUAUUUUGUCAUAUCUUACAAAUAAAAAUCUUUUUUCUUCUGAUUUGAUAAAUUUUAAUUUGGCCAUGUUCUCUUCCAUUAUAACAUUAUACAGAUAUUCAAAUACAAACACUUUGAAAGCAAAAAUGCAGUGUCUUAUUGCAUUAGCGACAGGAACACUGACAAAACUUGGAGAAUCCUUAGUUGCACCAAUUGGAAAUCAAUUUGGAUAUCUAGUUCACUAUAAGAAAAAUAUAAAAGAUCUUAAAAGAGAACUCAAAACAUUGGAAGGUAGAAAGCAAGGAGUGCAAGGUGUGGUUGAUGAAGAUAGAAGAAAUGGACGUCAAAUUGUAUCAAUUGUACAAGAUUGGCUCUUCAAAGUGGAAAGAAUAAUAGAUGAAAUAGAAAAAAUUAAUGAUUUUCAAGUAGAAAACAAUGAAUGUCUUGAUAUAUGGUCUCCAAAUUUGGUGUCAAGGUAUUCAUUAAGUAAGAAAGCAAAAAUAUUGAUAAUGAGUGUUACAAAAUUAAAUGAAGAGAAAUUUGACAUCAUAUCAUACUCUCUACCAACACCAAAACUUGGAUCCACCUUCUCAAAUGUUAUCAAAAGUUUUCCAAGCAGAAAAUCAAUUAUUACAGAGGUUUUGGAGACAUUGAAAGAUGAAGAUUUUAAAAUCUUAAGUAUAUGUGGAAUGGGUGGUGUGGGAAAGACAACACUUGUGAAAGAAGUAAUUAAAAUUUUAGAAGUAUGCAAGCUAUUUGAUGAAGUUGUAAUGGUAGUGGUUUCUCAAAAUCUUGAUUAUGUGAAAAUUCAAGGUCAAAUUGCGGAUGCUUUAGGCUUAAGAUUUGAAAAGGAGACUAUUCAAGGGAAAGCAUGUCAACUACAUGAAAGAUUGAAAGGUGUUGAUAAUAUUUUAAUAGUUCUUGAUGAUGUUUGGGUAAACUUUGAUUUUGAGUCUAUUGGAAUUCCUUCCAAUGAACAUCAUAAGAAUUGUAAAAUUUUGUUUACAUCAAGAAAUGAAGAUGUUUGUUAUAAGAUGGGAAGUCAAAAGAAUUUCACGGUUUCUAUUUUGUCUCCAAAUGAAAGUUGGGACCUUUUUCAUGAUAUAGUUAGUAGAAAUCUUUCAACCAAGCUUGAUAUUCUUCACAUAGCAAAAGAGGUUUCAAAUGAAUGUGGGGGGUUGCCAAUUGCCAUUGUUACAAUGGCAAAAGCAUUAGCAAAUAAAGAAAAACAUGUAUGGGAAGAUGCAUUAGAUCAAUUAAAAAGAUCUUCCAUCCCUUUCCUUUUAGAAAUGCAAGCUUGUGUAUAUUCAAGCAUCAAGCUAAGUUACAAUUUUUUAGAUAGUGCAGAAGAAAAAUAUGUUCUUUUCCUUUGUUGCUUAUUUCCAGAAGAUUUUGACAUUCCUAUAGAGGUUCUACUCCGGCAUGGAAUGGGUUUGCAAUUGUUUAAUAAUAUUAAUGCAUUGUGGAAAGUUAGAAAUAGAGUGCACACCAUUGUUGAUAAACUUAAGAGGCGUUUCAUGUUGUUAGAUGGUAAUGUGGAAGAGUGUGUCAAAAUGCAUGAUGUUAUACGCGAUGUUAUCAUAUCAGUUGUAUCUACAGAAGAAUAUGAUUUUAUGAUACAAUGUGAUGGAUAUCAAAUGGAACAAUCUAAAAGAGAAACAUGUUAUCAUAGCAGUGCGAUUUCACUUAUCUCCAAAGAAGCAAAAGAACAUCCUAAAGUGUUAAAUUGUCCAAAGCUUAAGCUUUUGCAAAUAGCAUCAAAGAAGAAGGGUUUGGUUCCCGAUAAUUUCUUCCAAUGUGUGAAUAAGCUUAUGGUGCUUAGUCUACAAAAUGUGCACAUUCAUUCAACGGCUUUAGUAUUUGAAGCUUUAGACAACAUCCACACUCUACUACUAGAAGAUUGUCUUGUAAGUGACAUAUCUAUAAUUGGUAAGAAACUCAAAAGGCUUGAGAUUCUUAGUUUUUCUAACUCAAAUAUCAAAGAAUUGCCAGAAGAAAUUGGACAACUAAGUUCACUAAGGUUAUUAGAUUUGACUGAAUGCAAUGAUCUCAUUCAAAUAUCUACUAAUGUCUUUGCAAGCUUAUCUAAACUAGAAGAGCUCUAUAUUAGAGUGCGAAGUCUUUCUUAUAAGGAAACUAAUCACAUUCUUUUUGAGUUACAAUCUUUAUCUCAUCAUCUGAAGGUCAUAGAGAUUAUAAUUUUGACAAAUGAAGAUUUACCCAUAGAUUUGUUCUUCAAAAGUAUUGAGAGAUUUUGGGUUUAUUUGGGAGAUUCUUCUACUCUUUCUCAUGGCAUUGUUCGAAAAGGAUACUUGCAUCCAAAUAUUUUGAAGUUGAAUAAUGUAUAUUACAAAUAUAUCAAGAGGAGUGUGACAGUUCAACAAUUACUUGAAAAGGUUGAAAUUCUUAAUUUGGUUGCUAUAAAAAACAUGAAAAGUGUCAUAUUGGAGUUAAAUGACAGGGGUUUUCCAUUUUUGAAACAUCUAAGUAUUGAGUUUUGCAACAACCUUGAAUAUAUUGUAGAUGUAGUUGAUGGUUUUAUCUUUCCUCAACUUAUAUCAAUUUCUUUAAGUAAUUUAGAUGAUUUAAAAGGGAUAUUCAAUGUGUCUAGUUACAUGAGUCAAACAAGUGACUUUGCAAAGGUUAAAUCCAUCACUUCAUCUCAAUGCCUUGGAACCCUUACAAACCUUAAAAUAGAAUAUUGUAACAAGUUGAAGACGGUCUUCACAUUGUUUCCAAGAACAAUUAGUUUGGCUACACUUCAAUGUUUGCAUGUGGUUGAAAGCUAUGGAAUAGAAUGCAUCAUCUCAAGUAACAAUAAGUAUGACGAGAAGUCAUUGAUUGAGUUUUCCAAUUUAGUAGAAUUGAAGUUGCAAGAAUUGCCAAACUUGAUUGGAUAUACAAAUGUUAUUCGUGAGCAUUGUUCCUCGACAAUCCAAAUUCAUGAAUCCAGUGAACAAUUAAUUGAAGAUGGUCAAUUGCUUAGUUCAAAAUGUGUUGAUCAAAUUAUGCCAAUUGCUUCUCUUUUCGAAUCUAACUGUAUGCAACUGUUCCCGAAGUUGGAAAAACUCUUCUUACAUGCAUGUUCUUCGCUAGAUAUGGUGUUUGAUCUGCAAAAAUCACAAUUUCAUGGUGAAUCAAUGGCUUUCUUAUUUCCUCAGUUGAAAGAAAUAGAGAUAUCUUGGCUCAGUAAGUUAAGACACAUUUGGGGUAAUGUUCCAAGCUACAUUCAAGGCUUUCAGAAUGUGAAAUCAAUCAAAGUGAAAAAAUGUGAUUCCUUAGGGUUUCUUCUAACUCCCAACAUUGCAAGGGCACUUACUCAGCUUCAAAAAAUGGUCAUACACAGCUGCCAUUCCAUGGAGAAAAUUGUUGGAAAAGAAGAAAACCUAAAUGGUGAUGAUGAAGAAAAGAAUGUGGAAACCCUUGUGUUUGGUCAAUUAGAAUCUCUAACACUUAUUGAUCUUCCAAACCUUAUGAGUAUUAUUUCAGAUUCCUAUGAAGUAAUGUGGCCAUCUUUGAGAUUUGUAUGCAUUGAUGGAUGCCCUCAGCUUGUGACAUCUUCCAUGUUUACUCAAACUGUGGCAAGGCAAGAGAAUUUCAAUGGCUCAUCAAGUUGUUCAACAAGAUGUGAUGUUGCAAAUGGUACUUUUAAAGAGGAUUCACCAAAGUUUCUUCAGUGUUGCCUUGGCUGCACCCCACAUGUAUUUUCCAACUUGAAGUUUAAGGCUUCAUCAACAGAGAAAGUCCCUUCUGUCAGCAAUACAUAUUCCAAAGCAGAAACAGUAUCCUCCAUUCCAAUUUUGGAACAAAUGCAAGUAAAAGGAUGGGAUUCACUAGAAGUCAUGUUCCUUCUCAAACAAAACCAACUUUCUGAUGCCUCUAAUACCAAUUGUUUAGUGAAGUUGAUACUUGCACAAACACCUAAAAGUUCUGUAGAAAUCACUGCAUUCAACAACCUCACUGUCUUAACUAUAGAUUCUUGUCACAAGUUGAGAUAUCUGUUCUCAUAUUCCAUAGCAAAGCUCCUAGUGAAAUUGCAAGAGGUAAAAAUGUCAAACUGUAAGGUCAUAAAGCAACUAGUCCAAAGAGAUGGAGAAGACAGUUUAACUCUAUUUCUUCCUCAAUCAAGUUCUGUCAAAGUAUUUGAAAAUUCUUCAUCUAGUGACCAUGCUACCUCUUCCCAAGAGGCAUGUGCCUUAGAGUGGUCAUCUUUGAAGAGAAUCAGCAUAUCUCACUGUGGAGUUCUAGAAGUUGUUGUUGGUGAAAUAGGGGAGAAAAUAGAUACCAUAAUUGCUUCAUUUGCUCAACUGCAAUCUCUUACACUGAGCCAUCUACCAAAUGCUGUAAGCUUUUGUCUGAGACAUUGUACAUCAGAAUCACCAUCCAUUGAGAACAUCCAUGGUAGUGGCUAUCAAAACCAUGAGGCAACAAGUAAUGAAGAAAUGAGAAUCAUGAGAGUUGAUCCACUGAUAAAUGGCUUUAUUUUUCCUAAUCUAACAUAUCUGGCAAUAACUAGCUGCAACAAAGUUAGAAAUUUGUUCUCUCCUUCAACAUCAACUAGCUUUGUGCGUUUGGUAGAGCUAGAUAUAUCUGGUUGUAGGGAGAUAGAGGAAAUAGUGUCUGCAGAAGAAACACAAGGGAAUGUGAUUAAGAUAGUGUUCCACAGCUUGCAACGUCUGAAACUUGAAAACCUACCAAAACUCAAGGCCUUCUGUCAGAGUUCCUAUGGCUUUGAUUUUCCAUCAUUGCAUCAAGUAUUGAUCAAAAAUUGCCACAUGAUGCAGACAUUCUCUCAUGACCCUUUAUACACUCCAAAGUUGGAAACAGUCACCAUGGAAAUUGGAAGUAUAACCAAGAACAUGUGGAUGGGAGAUUUGAAUGCUACUGUACCACUUUGCAAAGGACUUUUGGCUUUUCAAACAUCAGAGACACUUGGAUGGAUCAAGCAGGAUACAUGCAUACAAAGAUACUUCACCCAUGAAAAACACUUGACAGUUGAAAGUUUUCAAAGGCUGCUAAAACUAGUUCCCUCCAACGUAAUACACAUAUUUCAAAAUCUAAAGGAACUCACUAUAAAAAAUUGUGGUUCACUGGUUGAGAUCUUUGAAUCACAUGGUGUGGAUGCAAAGCAAAUGCAUGCCAUGGUACAUUACAAGCUAGAAGCAUUGAAUUUGUAUUGUCUACCAAAACUGAUCAACCUGUGGAAAAAUUAUGAUGGAGUUUUGGGAUUCCAGAAGCUAAGAAUACUAAAUGUGCAACACUGUGGCAACUUGUGUAAUUUGUUCCCUCCAUCGAUAGCCAGAAGUCUAGUACAACUCAGGCACCUACGAGUUCAUAGUUGCCACAUGAUGGAGGAAAUAACUACCAAGGAAGAUGAGGAAUCAGAAGGAUCAAAUAAUGCUAUGAUUGUAUUUCCACUUUUGAACAAGCUGGAGCUUCGUUAUGUUCCCAACCUCAAAUGUUUCUCCUCGGGAAAUUUCAAUAUUGAUCUUCCCUCAUGUGAAGAAAUGAUAAUUGAAAAAUGUCCCAAGAUGACUACCUUCUGCUAUGGAUCAGUAACCGCAGCAAAGCUUCCCCAUAUAUAUAAAGGUUCAUAUGAGUAUGUUGACAUAAUGGGAGACCUUAAUAUGACCAUCUAUCAUGCUAAUGAGAGUUUGAAGGUUGCACAGCAAACAUCGGAGACAAUCUCAUGCAUUGAGCAUGGUCAACAGCUGCAGCCUUACUUAAGAAGUGAUACAGAAUUGGUUGUUCAAGGUAGUGAAAAUCUGUUGUAUUGUAUUCCAUCCAACAUGCUGCAUAGGUUCCAGCAUCUAAAACAACUCAAGUUGCAUGAUUGUGGUUCACUGGUCGAGAUAUUUGAAUCAGAGGAAGUGGAUGGAAAUGAAGAUGAAGGGGGUACCACAACACCAUACAAUUUUGAUCUGCAGGAACUGCAUCUGUAUGAUCUUCCUAAACUGAUGCACAUAUGGAAAUAUGAUGGUCGAAUCUUGAGCUUUAUGAACCUUAAAAAGCUAAAGAUUCAGCAUUGUCAUAGUUUGAAAAAUGUGCUUUCUCCUGAGAUGGCCAUAAGCCUUUCACAACUCCAAGAGCUUUCAGUACAUGAAUGUGAGUUGAUGGAAGAGAUCAUCACUAGAGAUGAGAAACUAUCAGAAGAACCAAACAAGGUUAAGAUUAUAUUCCAGGCAUUGCAAUGGCUAACCCUUUACCGGCUUCCAAGCCUUAGAUGUUUCUGUUCAAGCACUUACCAUUUUGAGCUGCCAUCCUGCCAUGACAUAACCAUUACAGAAUGUCCUAAGAUGGAGGCUUGCCAUGGAAACAAAGGCACCUCAGAACUUCCUUCUGUCUCCUUUAACAAUGGUCUCAGGGCAGGAAAGAGAUCUAAAUAAGAAUGGAAAUACAUUGUCUAAACAAUGUAACUUCAAAUUCGCUAUCUAAAUCAUGUGUUGUACAUUUGGGAUUCUUGUACCCUCAACUGAGACUUGUGCAUAUUACUUAUAUUACUAUAAACUUUUCCAGAUUUUGUACCUGUUUCUACUUGAGAUACUUUUUGUUAUUGUUGACGUUCUACUUAGGAUAUGA